CGUGCGCAUCGUCAGCAAUACCGUAGCAGUAACGCGUAGACUCUACACCGAACGCUACGUUUUCGCUACGAAGCGUUAUAUAGAUACUUGACUAUCGUAAUAAGUGAUUCAUAAUAUAAAUGGUUAUUUAUACAGCAUUGUGUGAGUGAUUGUACUUUUAAAUCUUACAUAAUCACAGAAGAUCCUACAAAUGUACUAGAAUGCUGUAAAUUACAAUGACGUGUCCAUUCCGUCGCGCCUCCUCUCAGCAUCAGUUCGCCAAUGGCUCCGGGAGCAAGAAGCCUGAGUUCAGGUCUCGACAAUCCUCAGUUCACCUUCCAGGACCCGAGGAGGAUGAUGACAGUAAUACUCUUACCUUGAAAAAUCUGAGCGAAGCACUGAAACUAUUGACUGCACCAACUAAUGACUGCCUUCAUGCCGCAGUGACGUCAUUAACAAAGAACCAAUCAGAGCACUACGACAAAUAUAAUUGCUUACGGAGGCUACCGGAUGACGUCAGAACGUGCAGAAAUUAUGCGUAUUUACAAGAGAUUUAUGAUGCCGUACGUGCGACGGAUAGUGUAUCUACGGAGGAUUUCAUGGCGAAAUUAGGAGAAUAUUUAAUUUUAACGGCAUUCUCACACAACUGUCGACUUGAGAGGGCGUUUAAAUGUUUGGGCACAAACCUUACUGAGUUCCUCACCACCCUAGACAGCGUUCAUGAUGUAUUACACGACCAGGAUGACGUUCUCAAGGACGAAAGCUUGGACACAGAAGCAGCAUUUGUUUGCACUUCUCAUGCGGGUAAAAUACAACUCCACUUGACUACUGAAUCAGAGCCAGUUGCCUAUAUGUUGGCUGGAAGUUUGCGAGCAAUCGCCAGGCGCCUCUACGAUACACAAGCUGAGAUUAGACUGACGAGCUACACAAAUGAUCCCAGGAGAUUUAGAUACGAAAUAAGUGCGGUUCCCCUCCAUCAUAAAUUCAAGGAGGAGAAUUGUGAGGCUGAGAGUGACGCAGUGAGCGUUGCGUCAUCCAGCAAUGUUAAUGAUCUUAAGAUCGGCGUCGCCAGCUUCUGCAAAGCGUUUCCUUGGCAUUUUGUUACUGAUAAACGCUUGGAAUUGGUCCAGUUAGGAGGUGGCUUCAUGCGUCUCUUUGGUUCUCAUCUGUCAACGCAUGGAUCUUCUCUGGGGACCUACUUCAGGAUGCUACGACCGAGAGGAAUACCACUGGACUUCCGUGAAAUAUUAAAACGCGUGAACACACCAUUCAUGUUUUGUCUGAAGAUACCCGGAUCGUCUUCGCUUGCGGAGGGCCUGGAGAUAAAAGGUCAAAUGGUUUUCUGUUCGGAAUCCGACUCCUUACUUUUCGUCGGAUCGCCGUCUCUAGAUGGUCUUGAAGGGUUGACUGGGAGGGGGCUAUUUAUAUCGGACAUCCCCCUACACGACGCUACAAGGGACGUGAUCUUAGUCAGCGAACAGACGAGGGCCCAGGAUGGACUUCGUAAGAGAAUGGACAAAUUAAAAAACUCAAUAAUGGAGCUGAGCAAAUCAGUUGCAAAGGAGAGAGAGAAGAAUGUGAGUUUGCUGCAUCUCAUAUUUCCUCCUCACAUUGCCAAACGGCUUUGGUUAGGCGAGGAAAUAGAAGCGAAGAGUCACGAUGACGUCACAAUGCUGUUUAGUGAUAUAGUCGGCUUCACUUCAAUCUGCGCGACGGCCACGCCCAUGAUGGUGAUAGCGAUGCUUGAAGACUUGUACAGCAUGUUUGAUAUAUUCUGUGAGGAGUUAGAUGUUUAUAAGGUGGAAACAAUUGGAGACGCAUAUUGUGUCGCAAGUGGUCUUCAUCGCAAGAUUGACACACACGCUCCGCAAAUUGCUUGGAUGGCUUUGCGAAUGGUGGAGACAUGUGCUCAACACUUCACACACGAAGGCAACCCUAUCAAGAUGCGCAUAGGGCUUCACACAGGAACGGUUCUGGCGGGAGUCGUCGGUAAGACGAUGCUGAAGUAUUGUCUGUUUGGACAUAACGUCACGCUUGCGAACAAAUUUGAAUCUGGAUCAGAACCGCUAAUGAUUAACGUUAGCCCUACAACUUAUGAUUGGCUCGUAAAAUUCCCGGGAUUCGAGAUGGAACCACGCGAACGCUCCUGCCUUCCCAAUUCAUUCCCUAAGGAUAUACCUGGGACGUGUCACUUUCUACACAAGUACACUCAUCCAGGGACUGAUCCGGAGGCCUCUCAAGUAAAGCACAUACAAGACGCGUUAAAACACUUCGGUAUCGGACAGAUCAAACCAGCUGAACUAGAAGCCGAUGAACCAACGUAGUUCCUUAACAUUUACAUUCCUAAUUAGAAAAUAAAGUAUAAAAGUAUUGUUCAAAAUAUGGAAUAUAUUAAAUAAGUAAUAUUAUAUAUAAAAACUAAUUACAAACAAUGAUAUAAUUGAUAAAAUGUAAUUGUAAGUAUGCUAAAAUUACAUUCAAAUUAUUAUAUAAAGAUUAAUAGAUAUAAAUUCAUCAUCUUAGCAUUACCUAAUUUGUACAGAAUUAGAUGAUAUUUCAACUAUUAAAUUUACAGUGAAAGCUUAGAUUACGUAUUGGUCUCCGCUGCGCUCCAAUUAGAUACCGCACUACCUAAGAACAAUAGCUUUUUAUUACGGCUACUGUUAGAUGCUUGUAUGCGUGGCAUCUUGACACUUAAUAGCAUCUAUAAAAUUUUAUAACAUACGCUUCGUGUUAUUUUAAAUUGAAAUUAAUAAAAUACUUAAGUACUGAUGAUAUGUGAUACCAGUGUCUUUCUCAUUUCUUGUAGUAUUAUUUUUACAAAGUUUUAGUACGCAACCUACAUACACACAACAUAAUUUUAGUUUCAAUUAUUAGCAGUUUAAACGAACAUGUAGCACGUCAACGUCACACAUUGUUCGAGACUGGCUCGAGUACGCCCAAUUGGGUGUAGUAUUAUUUGCCGCACUUUGCGACUAAGCCUGACAGUGGUAUGUAGAUGGAGCGUAGCUGACACCAAUCCAUAAUCUAAGAGUAAAACAUUAACUGGGUAUUUAUGAAAUAGUUGUUUGUCAAAAAUAUGAAUAUUAUUUAUUAGACCUGUUAAAAUAUUAUAAUAAAAAUGUUGCAUAUAAAUAUUAAAAGCCAUUUAGUUUUUAAGAAUUCCUUAAUUGUUCCUACUCAGGAAGUAGAGUUACUAACUAACGUAGAAUACAUUUCUGUAUUGUGCAGUCAAUGAAACAUCGGAUCAGAACGUUCAGAUCUUUUAAAAUCAAUCGUUUUUACCUAUUUCUUUAAUCGUAUAUAAUCAGUUAAAAUAAAAGUAGAUUUAUAGAAGCUUGAUAGUAUAAGUGUACAUGAAAUUUAUCCGGGAUUAAUACGACUUACAUAGGUAAAUAUUGUCCUAGUCAUUGUAGUUUGUAUUAUAUAUUAGUGCUUGUAGAUGGAAAACGCGGAUUAGUCAGUAAAAUCAUAUCGUUACAUAAAUACUAGAUAAGUUCUGUGAUUGUUAUUUCUGUGUGUGAUAUAUUUCUAAUGAAAAAAGAAAGAAUAACUUUAGAAAAUUGCAGUUAUCGAGACUUUUAAAAAUCUUUUCAUGGAAAGUAGCUUACAAUAAUUAUAUAAUUCGUGUUGUGUUCUUAAUUAC